UUAAAGCCAAAGUCCUCGCACUCUUCACACCAGCGGCUCACCCACUGACCGACUGACCAUCUGCAUGUUUUUGUGCGGAUCCAUCGCGGCUAUAAAGGCUGAGGCGUGUGGACUUCGGUUCGUGAUCAGCUGGAACGCAAGGACGAGGUUUUAAGAGACGCGUCCGAAUCUGGAGCCAAAGGAAGCUGAAAAUCAAACAGAAGCCAAUCCUUCAAUUUCAACUUUUCUUUAUUAACUCAAUCUCGAAAAAGGCUGAGAACACAAUCGGAACCUUUAUCGGUUGAUCCAAAGUGUUUUCAGUGUUUGAUAACACUCACCCUUGACAUCUUGGACCUAGCUCACUCUAGGACGAUUGACAACUUACUCUUUUUAGAAUUUGUUUCCAAAGUCCUGGAAAAAACAUAAGUAAAGUAAAAGAAGGAUUUCUAGAAAAAGGUCUCAUCUGGAGUCCUGUCGCGAUGAGUAGCGGGGGCACCACCACAGUUUCGCCACAGGAGCCUCAGACUUUCAAGCGAGCGGUGCGGAAGAUAAAAUGCGCCGCCAUGGUGGCCAGCUUGACCAAGAACUGGCAGGGCUGGGCCAGCGAACACUCAGACAAGCAGGAUGCCAUCCCGAGCGGCUGGAUGCCAGACUCUGUCGAGGAGCAAGACGACAAAAGAAUCAAGCAUGUGGUCAAACCUUCCAUCGCUCCAUGUGUUAUCGCCAGUGACCCCUCCGACGACAGCGGGAGAAUUAGGACCGGCUCUGUCCACAAGACCAUCCAGCCAAAGCGCAGCGAGUGCAGCAGCAGUGACGUGGUCAACGCCAUCCGCGGCAAGAUGGAGUCAGGUCCCGAGGAGAGCAAGCCGUUCAUGGGCAACGAGUCACCGACACGGCGGCGCCAAAUGAGGUUACUACAGAGCGCAGGAGGAGGAGGAGGAGACAGGAAGCUGCUCCUCCAGGACAGGAAGCUGGGGUCCAGGAGCAGCAGUGUGGACACAGAGGACAGUGGACUGGGAGAGGAGGCCGGGCUCAGCGACAACAGUGAAUCCAAAACCGAGCCGGGCAACAUUCAGUCCAAGAAACAAACCAUCAAGCCCAAGAUCAAGAUAACCACGAUGGGCGACAUCAAGAGCCGCUGGCAGCAGUUUGCCAACCAGCACAUGGAGGGCCAGAAGCUCAACCCCUUCAGCGAGGAGUUCGAUCAGGAUUACGCCAUGGCCCAGCGCCUCCGCAAGGGCGACUCCGGCUACGGUCGCCCCAAAGACGGUUCCAAGACGGCGGAGAGGGGCGACCGGGCCCAGAAGCACAUCUACAGGGAGAUGGAGGAGAUGGUGUGGAUUAUCAGAGACUUGGGCCUGAAGGAUAAGGAGGGGAGGAUCAUCAUUAGCUUCGGCCGGCUCUUCGACCGCUACGUGAAGAUCUCGGAUAAGGUGGUGGGCAUCCUGCUGCGCUGCCGCAAGCACAAGAUGCUGGACUUUGAGGGGGAAAUGCUGUGGAAAGGACAAGAUGAUGCCGUUAUCAUCACGCUGAGGGACUGAGGACGGACGUGACAUCGCACAAACAUCCGAAACAACACACAAACACGACAAAUCUUCCACAUUAGCCCGACCUUAGAAACAACAAACAGCAAAUAUUUCAAACAAAUAUUUGAAAGAAAAAUACCAAUAUACACACAUUACACACAGCUUCAAUGAUUAACUUGAAGGAAAUAAUAGUUCAAAAUCUUAAAACUUUUUUGUUCAUACUUUAAACUGCUCAAAUGUUUAAUACACAUAAAUUACAGUCCAGACAUAUGAGUGUAAUCUACACUCGCACCAGACUCAUUAGUUCUUCUCAUGUACCUGACGGAUCGUCCGGUGAAGGGAAACUAUCCCUAGCAUGCUAACAAUGCUCACCUCGCUAACUAUGCUACACGCUACACGCUACACGGCCUGAGCUUCCAUCACAUCUGUCAUGUUUGAUAUUUAAAGGUUUCGGAGUAAAUUAAUGAUAACAGGUUGAAACAAGAAUUACACAACAAUGUACCUACGUUUUUUUGGGGGUCGUCUUUGGACAAACUUGAAUGUUUCUCAUUAGCCGAGCUCUAGUUACGUGAUUGAGCUCAUAUCUUCAUUUAGAUUAGGAAAUUAGUGACUGUACUUAAAAAAAAAAAAACUUGUGUUAUUAUAUGUAUGUUUAGUAUGUUACAUUAAAAUGUGUUUAUCUUUACAUAGGCAGUGGCAAGGAGAACAGAGUGAUCUGUGAAUUUACAUGUACGUCAACUGACUGAAUGUUUGAUGUGUAAUGUUUACAAAAAACAAAAUUGUGAAAUAUAAUUUACCUCAUUUUUGAAUUUUGGACACACUUCACAGGCUUAAUAGAACAUUUUCUUUGGAUUAUGUUUUCCACAAAUUGUAUGCAACUCAUCAAAACAAAUUAAACUGUGUUUCUGACAGAUUUAAA